AUGAAGCUGCAAGUCGGACUUUUCGCCCUCUGGGCCAGUACAGCAAUGGCAGGAACCUGCCAACAGGGCACCACUGCAGGCCCUACCACCGUUCAGGGCGUCGACUUUGACGUUAUCUGCGGUAAGGGGUUAACGGGUACAUCUUACACCACUCAAGCUUCUCAAAAUGCCGCCACCAUUGGACAGUGCAUGGCGGUCUGCGCAAAUGAUGCGUCAUGCGUUGGCAUUGUGUGGGAUAACAUAACCAUCUGCUAUUUGUACAGCUCAUACAGUGCUACGACCAACGACUACACCGAUAUAGCUGUCCGCGUACAGCAAACCACCUCGACAUCCGUGGAACCAUCGACGACUUCUUCUGCUGCUGCGUCGGCUACAUCAUCCGCAGCACCGCAAUGCCAAGCAGGCACCUAUACUAGCUCUACCGACAAUGUGCAGUUUAAUACUGCUUGUGGAAGACAUUAUGUUGGCACUGAAAUCUCCACUGGCGCCGCUGCUGACUUGCAAGGUUGCAUGGACAUGUGCGCAAGUGAUUCAAACUGCGUUGCGGUAUCCUUGUCAUACAGCGGUAAUGGCAAUAUCUGCCACCUCUUUGCUCACAUUGACUAUUCAACACCCGAUGCCUCGUGGGAUCUGGCUGUUGUUUCAUCGCGCCCAUCUUCGACAUCUUCAGCAGAGUCAACAUCUUCAGCUGACUCAACCUCCGAGGCGGCCUCUUCAACGUCUUCAUCACCUCCGGCCUGCCAGAGCGGUACCGUUAGCGGUUCUGUCAAUCAGUUUAUAAUCACAUGCGGUGCCUCGCCGAACGCAUACAAUACGCUAACUAGUCUUGGAGCUGGAUAUACACUGCAGACAUGUUUGCAGGCAUGCGAUGCUGAUAGUCAAUGUGAUGGUGCAACUUUCUCGGAGCAAAUGGGCUACUGCGUCGUAUAUAGUGGAUCGUUGUCAACCACAUACCCAACUACAGGCGGUGAUUACAUUUACAAAAUACCCGCAUCAUCGUCGUCAUCCUCAACCUCUUCAGACGACGCAACCUCAACAACUUCAACGUCAACAUCUUCAACAUCGUCAGCCGAUUCGACCUCAAUAUCGUCAGCUGAUUCAACCUCAACAUCGUCAGCUGAUUCAACCUCCGAGGCACCCUCAACGACAUCUUCAGCACCUCCAACCUGCCAGAGCGGUAUCUAUAGUGGUACAAUCAACCAGUUUGAAAUCACUUUCUACCACAUCCUCUACAUUCUCUACAGCUACAUCGUCUACGUUUACGUCUUCCACCUCAACAGUCACAUCUUCGUCAGCUACGGCAUCUGCAUCUACGUCUUCCACAGGUACACUUUCUACAACUACCUCACUUACAACUACAUCAUCCACUCCAUCUUCAUCCCUAUCCAUCUCUACAACUUUGCCGACAUCAUCAGAGCCCAUCUCCUCACAGUCCACGUCACGGUCCACGGUGGAUCUACUCUGACGCCUACAACAUCAAUCUCUGCGGGAUCUUCUCUCCUUUCGUCUCUUCUCACUACCACUACAACCUCAAGUACUGAGACCUCCACCAUCGUGACAUCUGGCAGUACCGAGAGCCCAAGCUCCGAGACGUCAACCAGUGAGACAAACAUCUCUUCUAGUUCUACAGCGCCAGAAUCAAUUCCAAGCAGCUCCAGUCAAACUACAACAGAGACAGAGUCUACAGUACUAUCCACCCAACAACAGACCUCGACUGUCACAAGCGCUCCACCAUCGGGAUCUUCAACUUCACCAACCUUGACUACAUCGACAACUUCAUCAACUCCUUCCACAAGCCCAAGAAAUAUCCAAGUUCUUGAGGGUUAUGACUUUAUCGCCUGUCUGCGAUCCGACGAGGGAUUCCCAACCUUUACGGAGGUAGCGACCCAGGCCGACAUGACCACAGAGAUCUGUGUUAAGCUGGGUGCUGGUAGCAUAUAUGUUGGUGUCUAUGAACAGACUUGUUACAAGGCUGAUUCCCUGGCUGGCUCUGAAAUUGUCGAGGAUGCUCGUUGUAGCCUUCGAUGUCCUGGUGAUUCCGGUCUGUUCUGUGGAGGCACAACUGGCGGUGCAGGCAGACGCCGUGCUAUUCCGUCGAAUCGCCUCUUGACCAUUUAUCGCCAAGCAGUCUCCUCUUCUUCCUCUUCCUCCUCCUCCUCCUCCUCUUCAUCUUCCAUCUCUUCAAGGGCUUCAGAGGCCUCAGGAACAAGGGCGUUCUCAUCAACAUUCGUGUCGAUUGCUCAGACAAGUAAGAAGCAAUCAGUCUCCUCUUCUUCAGUAUCUUCUCCAGGAACUACAGUAUCCACGACUAUUUCAGAGUUAAGAUCAAUCCCUGGCACUCCAUCUCAAAAUACGCCCGGCCCUAUCCGAACCAUUCGCAUCACCGAGGGCGUCACUUACACAGAGAUUGUGGUGGCAACGACAGUAACCACUGUCACAUAUGUCACUAUCAACCCAAGCCAGCCAGGAGUUCUCAUCACUACUUGUAUACCGGUAACUCUGGAAUACACUCCCUGCGGCUGUGAUCACCAAGAAUAUCCACCAGUAGAUAUGACCACCAUUAUCUCGCCAUGCCACGCCUGUGGCGAUCAGGGGCAGGAUGUUGUCACGAUGGUCGUUCCACUUGCUGCUUGUGAGGGAGCCGGUGUGAACUACAACCCUUCCGGUUGGAUCGCAGGUGAGGCUGGGAACAACGGAUACCCUGAUAAGAUUCAAGGUCACCAGAUUUACACUGGCAGUGAAGGAGAUGCCAACUCCCAACCUCAACCGACACAGGGCCAGCAGAACGGCGAGGGACUGGGUUACGGGAAUGGACCUUCAGGUAUUGAAGCCGCGACUCAAGCACCAGGAGGCGGCGCGCAGAACAAACAGCCAGCCAACCUCCAAUCAACACAAGGCCAAAAGAGCAGCAAGGGACCGGAUUAUCAGAACGGACCCUCAGGUACUAAGGCCGCCACCCAGGGACCAGCAGAUGAGGCACAGAACAAGGAGACAGCCAGCCCCGUGCCGGCACAAGGCCCGCAAAAUACUGAUCGACCAGGUGGUGAGAACGAAGGAUCCUCUGUAGCAGUCCAAACUUCGCCAGGGGAUAACAACAAGAACCAACCAGGUAUCCCAGCAUCCAAAUCCGGUAAUGCACAGAAACCCUCCAAACCAUCGCCUCUUCUCAAGGGUCAGCAAGUUUCUUCAGAGGGCCUCACAAGAGAAACAGGCGUUGUUCCAGCGCCUCAAUCCAACACUCCCUCUCGUCCUUCUCAAUCAGUACCUGUCAAUGGGCAUAACCCAGACAUGUCCACGACGUUCGCUACCGAGGUUGAAGUCACUAAAGAGGCUGGGGCAUCCGAGUCGACACAUAGCCUCAGUUCUUUGGGACAUGGUGAGGCUUCAUCUGUUCCAUCGACGGUUUCUUCGUCUGAAGCAUACCGAUAUCAGAUCAGUUACUGGGGUGUGAUAGUCGCGAUAGUGGGCUUGGUACUGUUACUUUAA